AUGCAGGCGGCUGGCGCAGACGCAGGCGCGGGCGGCGGGGCGGGCGCUGCGGACCACGGCCCGGACGGCCCGGACCGUCGCGGUGGCCGGGGCGGCCCCGGCUUUCCCGGCGGCGCGGGCGAGGCCGCUGCUGCCGCCGCCGGCAGGGCUCGGCCCGUCUCGCGCGCACGGCACGUCCCGGAGCCGGGCGGAGACGCCGCUGCCACGACUGGACGGCGGGAGACCCGAGGACACGGAUUUGCCCUCUGCGUGCCUUUUCCAUCCCGCUUGGAGGCGGAGAUCGCCUGUGGGUCCCUGGCCCCAGAUGCCGAGCCCCACAGAAAGGCUGUCGAGAAGCAGCUCACCGUGAGCGGCAGCGUCCUGGCCGUCCGCUGGAGAGCUGAGGAUCCUCGCCUCCUGCGAAUUUCCGUCCUCAACUUCCUGGACCACCUUUCCCUGGUGAUGCGGACCAUGCGGCGCUUUGGGCCCCCCAUUUCCCGCUAAGCCUGGGCUGGGGAGAGGGGCUGAAGUCUAUCGUGUCUCUCCCCGGGGACUGCGUCCUUCCGGGGACAGUGACUCCUGUCGUACCAGCUGCCACUGUGUUAGGAGAGCCUAAUCCUCUGACGCUAACGGCCCCAGGGCACUCAGGGCCCGUUUGUUUUGUUUUGUUUUGUUUGCCCGCUUAAACGUUCCUUUGUUCGUCACUGCAGACAAUUCUGCCUGGGUUUCUUUUCCACCAUGGCACCGCCUUCAGAGGGUCUUCUUCCCUUUGUCCUCGGGGAAGCGGAGGGGAGGUUCUGGGAUGUAGAUAGGGAGGCCCGAGAGAGGACUGAAGACAGUGGAGGAAAUGGGAGAACACGGCUUCUGUCCUCUGUCCUUUGCUGUCAACGGCUCUCUUGCUCGGUGGAAUGCGUCCUUCGUUUUUUCCUUGUGUUUAUAUUCUAAACAGAGAAUAAUGAAGGAGGGGUAGUAUUUUGCACGUUUCACAUGUCUCCGGAUGUUUUCCCCAUCGAAUGUGAACUUUCCCUCUCUGAAAACUCUUGAGUGCAUUCUCGAAUGGAUGCAUGAAAGAUGCGUUCUAAUGUAAUUACUGAACUUUUAAAUUCUCUUCGGCUUUGCCAAUGAGAGAUGGUGAGUCAGUGGAACUUGGCGUAAAAUCUUUGUAUGAAUGAUGCUUCCUUAAGAUACGUUAAUAGAGGCAGAAUUACUUGGUUAAA